AUGUCUGGAGACCGAAGGUCCUCGUCCUCGAGCCUCGAGGCUCCCGAGCGAAAGGGUACUCAGGAUCCUGGUGCUCACGAGCUGGAGUCCUCAGAUUCCGACGAGCAUUUCUCCGAUGCGCAGUCAUCUCCGUCGAAUAGUGCUGGCGAUUCCUCUCCAGUUCCCAGAACUCGAGUCGAAAAAGUAGAUGACGAGCCAUCCUACGGCGAAGUCCCCGGCACCGUCGCAUACGACAAGCGCACCGAAGAUGCCGCACCUGAUGAGAUUGCCAUCAUUCAAGACGAAAACGCCGAGUCUGCAUCUGCGGACGAGCCUGUAGCUCCUGGUGGACAGCCAAUCCCGAAGACAGUCGUCGACGAAACCGCUGAUGUGCCCGGUUCGUCGUCUCACAACUAUCACGAAGAUCUUCACCAAGCGGAUGCUACGCCGGACCUGGUCCGCAAGCCCGACGGUACGGCCGAGGCCAACCCUAUACCUUCGCCACUAGACGCCAGCUCACAAGACACCGAUGAACCGCCUGUAACCCCCGCAUUGAAGUCACCAUCAACACACCGGCGGAGGAAAUCUUCAGCCGCAAGGUCAAUAAGGAGCGUGGACGGUGGAGACGCGGAUGAUAACGACGACGAAUUUGGUGACGACUUUGACGAUUUCGAAGAGGGUGAUGAAGAUGCCGAUUUUGGCGAUUUUGACGACGGCUUUCAGCAGGCUGAGGCUGACACGCCGGCUCCUCCGCUGGCAAGCCCGCCCCAAGUCUCAAUACCUUCAUUUCCAAUAUUGGAUCUCGAUGGGCUUGACUCGGAAGAUAUCUUGACUGCAACGGAACCAUACCUAGAUGCACUAUACACGCCUGAUAUGCUAGAGCUGCCUGUCCUGCCAUCUCCUCCUAACGACAACCCCAUAUUCUUUAAUCCUAGGAGUGCUUCGCUAUGGUCACAACUAGCCGCCCCACCACCACUUCAGCCGCCUGAUUGGAUCCGUUCGCGCAUCCGGCGGCUCUUCUUGGUCUCACUCGGAGUGCCGGUUGACCUGGAUGAAAUAUUACCUGCUUCCAAGCAGAAUAAACUCGUACUCCCUUCCCUCCACCGCGUUACUUCGAACGGCUCAUUACGUACAUCGUCAGAUUCGCGUUCCGUUUCUCGGCUACGGAAAGCAGAGGCUAAUGGAUCGUCUAUUUCUGUGGCCUCUCAAGGCAAAGAGAAGUCUAGGUCUGACUCCAAACGGCGGAAGGGACCUCCACAAGCGCCAGCGCUGGAUCUGGUAUCAUCGAAGCAGCUCUGUACGACUACAGAAGAGGCUUUGGGUGGGAUGACCGAUGCAGAGCUCCAGCAGCACGUGGACAAGCUGAAAGACAUGGAAGUUGUGGCAAACGAGGUGUUGGAGUUCUGGAAAAAGCGCACCGACGAGAAGAUAGGGGACCGGGAAGCAUUCGAGGGGGUGAUCGAGAACCUUGUGAAGCAUGCCCGGAAGAAUAGGAAGUGA